AUGGCCGCGCCGCGCAAGGAGGGUUCAGGGUUUGGCCCGCAGCCAGAAGGCGCCAGCGCUCUGGCGCUCGAGAGAAGAAGCAUCGCCGUCCAGACUGAUCCCGUGAUCAUAGUGCGCCACGGGGGCCCUAAACCAGGCGGACAGACCGGUCACUCAGCGGAUAAUAGCCCUAGCUCUGAGUUGCCGAACAGUGCGGGGGAAUCAGGACCCCGGGAGAAGAGCGAGCCACCUGCUGACGUCAGCUCGGUUCAGUCAUCGGGUGCUCAACUGGAUCUCCCCGAAAUGAAAGCGCGGCAGCCAAAGCAAGAGGAGGAUGCGAACCGGUUGCAAGAAGAAGGCGGAUUGACACUCGGACGAAAGCACAGCACAAGGCCAGAUUUACCGGCGUUCUUGAUUGAUUCUGAUGACGAAAGCGAGCCGCGUGUGAAGGAGCACAACGGAAAGGACGAGAAGCUGGAGGCAAUGUGCGACCUCUUCGACGAAGUUUGGACCAACAAAGCGCUGCUCCGCGAAGCUCUAUUCUAUCUCCACUACCUGAGAACAGCUGACGCAAUGAAUCACGAGAAACUCGUGACCGCGGGCGUCGACACACGUGUCCGUGGGCUGAUGGCAUACAACCACGACAAGGUCCGCUGUGCGGCCACCAAACUUUGGGAAAAGCUGCGACUUGGCUUAAACCAGUGA